GCCUGUCAGACAGCGUCCCUCUCUCAGUGUCCUUGCCUGCAUCAUGACCGACACACAACGCCUGCUAGCAAUCACCUUCGUCGUUGCAGCCCUCGCAAGCACAGCUUAUGGGGGGUGGUGUCAGCGGACUGUCUGCAAGACUGUGAGAGUACGUGAGUGUGCCUACAGAACAUGGCGAGGGUGCUGUUACUACAGGACUGUAUGGAAGGCGGUUGUAAAGACAGAGCGGUUCUGUUGUUCAGGCUUCAUGGGCAGUCGCUGUGAUCAACCUGUCUGUAAUCCCGCGUGUGCUAAUGGUGGAACGUGCACUGCCCCUGGCAGGUGCACCUGCCGAGCUGGUUACGCCGGUCCGACUUGCCGUGGAACUGAACCCUGCUCUCACCGAUCUCCGUGCUUCCCGGGUAUUUGCUCUGGAAGUUGUACUUGUCAGUCGGGAUUCACGAAACAGACAUGUCUGGCGUUGAGGGACCAGGCACCCAGGAUAUGGCAGUGCCGUGCCCGUCUGGAGAGUCGGAAAACGUCCCCUGACCCAGCUCUCAAUGGAAUGUUGAUGUAUGAAUUCAUCACCGACUCCUCCAACCCGGACAUUGACAUAGAGGACGUCAUUUGGUCCAACCAAAAGGGAUUUAAUUAUUUACAGAUAGACGGCGCUGCCCAGUUUGACGCAAUUAUAGAGUACCCCAAUCCUUCCUAUGUGCGCAACUCAACAUUUGGCGUGACCACCGCCACUACAAGAGUCAAACACACAAAGCUGGAUACAGGCAAUGGUAACCGGUACACAUCCAAUGAGGAGAACUACAUCUGUGAACAGAGGGCUGGAAGAGGCGUGGCCACGGUCGAAUACUGGAACUGCACGGUGGAAGAGCCGAGGUUCGACCAGUCCAUCACCAAUGCAGAUGAGAUUGAAGUGACCUUGACCUUCACCAGCGGGGGCAGCAGGGAGUUGAUUAACCCGGACACUAAUAGUUUCUACAAGAGAGAGGACUACACCCAGCUGACUUCAUCCAAGAAGCUGAGGUUCAAAUUCGACCUGACUAAACCUAACCAUUGCUUCGGUAAACCAUCCUGUCGUACAUCACCUCUCUCCCUGGACAGAGACAUAACUCGUUCACCAGUCGCAAUUACAUGGGACGGUUGGACGGACAACCUGUCCGGGAUGUACCGCUACGCAUGGGAGGUAUUCCAACUGGACACCAUAACCGCUGACAGCAAACUAGGGGAAAAAAAUCCCCUCCAACCCCUUGUUAACAGGGAGUGGCUGGUGAAUAACGGUACCCUCCCGGUGAUGUACACCCCGCCGGGACCAGGUAUGUACUCCGUCAUUCUGGAGGCCUCCGACCUCGCCAACAACUCUCGCUACGCCCGGCGGCUGUUUCUCUACGACGACGCGUCCAACAUCAACGUCAGUGCCGACGACCGACUGUUCGUAUCGAGUGCGGCGGAAGCCACCAACCACACGUGGCAGGCGAGUCUGGACGCUGGUAUAGUAGUGGAAUGGGGAGGACACUUCUCUAACCAGGUUCACCACAAGUCCAACCUUCUGAAUGCAGUGGUGGACUAUCCCGCUCAGUUUACAGACAUCGAAAGUGAAGUGGCCUCCUCUACCUUUACGGUCAAGAGGGUACAGUUCGAUGACGACGAUGGAGCGAGGACUCGAGCUGCAAUCCACAAUGUCCGAGGUAUUGUGAAGUUUGAAGUCGCCUACCGUCGAGAUCAUGCCGGGGGCUCCACUAUACUUCAACCAGAAUCAUGGCAGCAGAUAGCACUUGCUGAAACAUUUACGAUUCGAAAUGAAGGACGAAUUAACGGUGAUAGCAUCCGUGUUUGGGUGCGAGCGACGGACAUUAUGAAUAACACGAGGACGGACAGCACUUUAGUAAGCUUUGAUGACUCCCCGCCGGAUGUUCAGCUGAACGAACUGACAAAAAAUGUGCAGAAUGGGACUUACCAUUACUCCUCUCUUGUUCCCGUGACGGCCGUUGACGAUGACAGCGGAAUACGGGAGGUUUCUUGGCGUCUUGUCCGUGGCAGCACAGGGAAUGUGACGCGUGCAGGGACGUUGAGUCGGACACUUUACCAACUGAAUGAGGCCGAGUGCGAGCAGAUCUCGUUGUGCCGCUGCACGCCAUCCGAAGACUGUUACCGAAGCUCUUUCAGCCUCCCCAUCAACCACUGCUGGCUGCAGGUGGAGAAGGAGAGUCUGGCUACAGAAGUUAUAACCCUAGAUGUCACGGUGACCAACGCGGCCAUGCUCAACACCACGCACUCUCUCCAGAUAGAGAAUAUCAACAGUUUCAGUGGAAUAGGUGAAUACUCCCCUCCACGUGAUGUGCGAGUUAUCCGGAGUGGCUUCAACACAGUCCGCAUCUCAUGGGUCAACUCCCCCAGCUGCUACGACGUCAGCGAACUCUGGAUCAACUACACGGGGGCCGCCACAAAGGAGAAGAUCCAUCGUCUCAGCGCCUUCUACGAUUUGACAGGCCUACAACCGGAGACUAACUACACAGCUCAUCUUAUUACUGGCUACAGCGGGGAGAUGAGUGACCCCGUGGAGUUCCGGUUCAGGACAGGACCGGCCCCUGAGUUCACAGGUCUCACUGCUGGGGGGAAGGCGGGCGUGGCGAUCAGUGUUAUCCUGCUGGUGGUGAUCGCGGUCGCCGUGUUCCUUCUGUGGCAUCUUGGCAUCAUGGCUGUCAUCCUGGGCAAGAAGGAAGCCAAACCUCGCACCAAAGCAGCUACCGCCUUCGCACGCAUGUCCAGGAAGGUGCGAGGCAAGGCUGUUGAUGACGACAUUUACGUGUACGGUGGCAACGACUACGACAUCCCGAUUGGAGUGCAGCUGUCGUCAGAGAGACUGACGCUCGACACCAUGAUAACCGAAGGGAAGUUCGCUAAGAUCUACAAGGCAACCCUCUCACGGGCAGGCACUAACGCCGAGACUGUCGUCGCCAAGAUGCUGAAAGAGAACUAUGAUGAUGAAGAUAUCCAGCUGAUGAAAGGCAAGAUCCUCUAUUACCUGAAUGAGGUUGGCGAACACCGCAACAUCCUCAGAAUGAUCGGCGCUGUCGUGGACAAUGACGUUUGGGGUCCGGUGAUGGUGUUGGAGAACUGUGAGAUGAGGCUAUACAUUUCAGGGGGUCUGGUGAUGGUGCUGGAGUACUAUGAGAUGAGGCUAUGCAUUUCAGGGGGUCCGGUGAUGGUGUUGGAGAACUGUGAGAUGAGGCUAUGGAUUUCAGGAGGUCUGGUGAUGGUGCUGGAGUACUGUGAGAUGAGGCUAUAUAUUUCAGGGGUCCGAUGGGGUCCGGUGAUGGGGUUGGAGAACUGUGAGCUGAGGCUAUACAUUUCAGGGGGUCUGGUGAUGGCGUUGGAGUACUGUGAAAUCGGGCUAUACAUUUCAUGGGGUCCGGUGAUGGUGUUGGAGUACUGUGAGAUGGAGCUAUACAUUUCAGGAGGUCCGGUGAUGGUGUUGGAGAACUGUGAGAUGAGGCUAUACAUUUCAGGGGGUCUUGUGAUGGUGCUGGAGUACUGUACUGGGUCCGAUGAUGGUGUUGGAGAACUGGGUCCGGUGAUGGUGCUGGAGAACUGUGAGAUGAGGCUAUACAUUUCAGGAGGUCCGGUGAUGGUGUUGGAGUACUGUGAGAUGAGGCUAUACAUUUCAGGAGGUCCGGUGAUUGUGUUGGAGAACUGUGAGAUGGGGCUUUACAUUUCAGGAGGUCUGAUAAUGGUGUUGGAGGGUCCGAUGAUGGUGUUGGAGAACUGUGAGAUGAGGCUAUACAUUUCAGGAGGUCCGGUGAUGGUGUUGGAGUACUGUGAGAUGAGGCUAUACAUUUCAGGAGGUCCGGUGAUUGUGUUGGAGAACUGUGAGAUGGGGCUUUACAUUUCAGGAGGUCUGAUAAUGGUGUUGGAGUACUGGGGUCCGGUGAUGGUGUUGGAGUACUGUCAGAUGGGGCUAUACAUUUCAGGGGGUCCGGUGAUGGUGUUGGAUUACUGUGAGAUGGGGCUAUACAUUUCAGGGGGUCCGGUGAUGGUGCUGGAGUACUGUGAGAUGGGGCCAAUGAGACCCUGGUUGGUCCAACAGAAGGGGGCAGUGACUGAUGACGUUCUGGAGCGGAUGUUCCAGUUGGCUCAUGGAGUUGUCCAAGGAAUGGCGUACCUGGCUCAAGUUGGGAUCGUACAUCGGCGUCUUGCGGCGAGGAACAUCCUCCUGACCUUCCUGCUGGACGUUCGAAUUGCCGGGUUUGGUCCUACCAUCAUGUCGGAUGAAGCAGAUGACGAGGCUGCGGACACCAGUAGGAGGGAGCGUAUUCCAGUCCGAUGGAUGGCCCCUGAGUGCUUCAAGUCAACCAGAGAUGUACAGUGUCAGGAGGUGGAGGGUGUCAGGUGGAACUACGAUAUGAUGCAGAGGUGCUGGGAACAUGAACCAAAGCAGAGACCGAAGUUCAAGGAACUGGAGAAAUCCUACAACAAACUCAUGAGAGGUGGCGACACCGACUACUCCAUGUACUCCAACUACAAGAGUUAG